CUUGAAACUAACCAGCCCAGAAAGGCAGUAAUUUAAUGGAAAUGGAAAACUACACCAGAGUCAAAGAACUUAUUUUCCUUGGCCUGACACAGAGUCAAGAAUUGAGUGUGUUGCUGUUUCUUUUUCUUCUCCUGGUCUAUGUGACAACUCUACUGGGGAAUCUUCUCAUCAUGGUCACCGUGACCUGUGAGUCUCGCCUUCACACCCCCAUGUAUUUCUUGCUCAGGAAUUUGUCUAUUGCUGACAUCUGCUUUUCCUCCAUCACUGCACCCAAGGUCCUUGUGGACCUUCUCUCACACAGAAAAACCAUCUCUUUCAAUGGCUGUCUCACUCAGAUGUUUUUCUUUCACCUUAUUGGAGGAGUGGAUGUGUUUUCUCUCUCAGUGAUGGCUCUAGAUCGAUAUGUGGCCAUCUCUAAGCCCCUGCACUAUGUGACCAUCAUGAGCAGAGGCCGUUGCAUUGGGUUAAUAGUGGCCUCCUGGGCAGGAGGCUUUGUCCACUCCAUCGUGCAGAUCUCUCUCUUGCUGACACUUCCGUUUUGUGGACCCAAUGUUCUUGACACUUUCUACUGUGAUGUCCCGCAGGUCAUCAAACUUGCAUGCACAGACAUCUUUGUCCUGGAGCUCCUGAUGAUUUCCAAUAAUGGCUUGGUUGCUACUCUGUGGUUUAUGUUGUUGGUGGUGUCAUACACAGUCAUUCUGAUGAUGCUGAGGUCACACACAGGUGAGGGCAAGAGGAAAGCCAUCUCCACCUGCACCUCCCACAUCACUGUGGUCACCCUGCACUUUGUGCCCUGUAUCUACGUCUAUGCCAGACCAUUCACUGCCCUCCCCACAGAUAAAGCCAUCUCUGUCACCUUCACAGUCAUCUCCCCUCUGCUCAACCCCUUGAUCUACACUCUGAGGAACCAGGAGAUGAAGUCAGCCAUGAGGAGACUCAGGAAAAGACUUGGGCCUUCUGGUAGAGAAGAGCAAUAGCUCCUCUCCAUAGCCAUUUUUGAAAACAUGUGUGUGUGAAAUAAGAUUUAUUCUUUAUACUGGUCAUUUCCCUUCUCACAGUGGCC